AUGGGAUGGGUCGGGUCGUUCGGGCGGCCUUGGCCAAGGCCGUCUUCCUCGAUCGCGCCGCCGUCGCUCCGUCGUUCGUCGCCGUCGCACGCCCUCGCCCGUGUCGAGUAUUUAGUGCUGCGGUACAGGAACUCCGGAGAUAGAAACCUGUGCGUUGUUUUCUCAAGGUGCACUAAGGUGGUGGACCUCCUGCAAGACUCCUCAGCGAGGCUUCAAGCGGCGAAGGAGCAUGCCGACGCCAAGAAUGCAGAAAUUGUUGCGGAACUCGAUAAAUUGCGAAGGGCAUUCACGGGGGAUCCGCUGGGGUGGGCGGCGGCAACCGAUGAGCACGGCAAGCCGUACUACUACAACUCAGAGACCGGUGCGUGCAGUUCAGACAAUUUGGCCUUGUGUGAUGCAAAAUCGGCGAUUUACAGUUGGAUUCCUAUUUCCUCAGAAACAACACGGGAAUCGGACUACGACAAGCCGCGCAUUCUAGAGAUUGCCGAAGUUAUAAACAACAUCGACUCCCUCGACGAGGGUAAGAAGAAGCAAGAAAAGGCCAUUAAGAAGGGAAAAGAGGCCGAGCUCCAAGCUCGAAAGCUCGAGGUAGAAGAGGGGGUUCGGGUGGUCACUCAAGCCAACGAAGCGGUGAAGGUCGCGACGAAGAAAAUCGAACUGCAAAAGCGAGAACUAUUUGAACGAGGUCUCAGGAUAGAACAACUGACGCGAGAUCUGGCGACGGCAGGCGUGGAAGUUGAACAAACCCGAGACAGGGCGAACAAACUGGAAGAGAGGUUCACUCAGUGGGAGACCAAAGCUGAUGACUACGGUCGAACGUACUACGCAAACUGGGAGUCGGGGGAGGCGGUGUAUGACCCGCCGCCGGAGAUGAGGUACAGGCCCCCGCUCGGAAGGAACGAGCUCGGGGAAAAGGUGGACCCGAGGCUUCAGGCCCUCCGGUGGGUGGAAUAUUUACGAGAGUGGGAACAAGGUACUGAUGGAUGGGGCAAGCCGUUCUGGCAGAACUCUCGCAGCGGGGAUGUGGUUCAAACGGAACCCAAGGGCUGGAGCGAAGCCAUGGGGCUUGGGGAGCACGAGCUAGAGGGCUGGGAGGGGCCCACCCAAGACGAGGUUUCGAGGGAUGUUGCUAUAGAGGCUGCCCGAGUAGUUAUCACGUGGCUUAAUAAAGCCAAGGAAGCAGAAGAAAAACGGACACGGAAGGCGGACGAGCCGUUGACACUUGAGAAUGGGGGUGGCGAGGCCAACGAUGAGAGCAGCGAUGAAGACGACGAAGAUCAAGACGAGUUCGUGUACGAUAUCCAGAGCGUGGAGGAGCUUGCCAUGGGAGACGAAGGCUGGUGCUACCAAGGGCCGAUUGAUUCUUCAAACGAGGAAGAAGGCAUUGAGACCAACGCGGCUGUCCAGAAGGACAAGAGAGACAGUUGGGAGGGAGCACCCGCAGAUGUUGCAGAGAUCAGGAGUAUCAUCGCUCGGCUCGCGAGACGAGAAGACAGGUUUGAAAGGAGGCUAAAGUUGGUCCGACGCGACCUCGAAGACUUGGCGCACGACCUUCUGGCCGCGAAACGAUUGGAAGAGCUGGAAGUGCACGACUUCGCCCUUGGACUGGGCGCGUCGGAGGAGGGAACCGCAAGGGGCCAAGACGUAAAAGGAAACAUGACGGCACCAACGGUGGCAGCAGGAAAAACUAAAGAACUAGCAGAUGCCGGCGCAGUACCAGGAUUAGACGAGAGCCCAGGAGGUGGUAACACGACGUUGUCGUCGGCGGACGUAGCCUCAGCGGCUAUCGCGACAACUGUGACGAACGCAGCUGAUGCCCGUGACACUUCAAACGAUGGUGGGGUUUAUGAGGAGGUCAAGAAGGAAAGGACGACCGACGAAGCAGCAAUCGGGUCGGCGGUAGGAGGUGAGCAGACCAACGAAGAUGCCAUGGACAUUGCCGCUGCUGGUGUCGCUUCGUCUGGUGAAGAUACUGUCACAGCGGUAACAGAACCAGCAGGAAGUGGCCCCCGCACCGCCUCGUCCAACGGAGAAAGGUAUCGAGCACUUGAAACGGCGGCCGACCAGGCCACGACGCAAGCUGCAGGGGGGGCAGCUGCCGAACCCGCCUGCGGCGACUCUCGCGGAAGCAACCGAACCGACCACGAUGGGUUCGUAGAGGAGCAGCCACAGGUCACCAGCGCCAAAGGAGAAGAGGAGCGAAGCUCGCCGUCGCUGCCGAACCUUUCUGACCGAGCCACAUUAGACGAGGGCAAUGCUACAGUGGGGGUCGAGGAGGUAACCGAGGAACGAUUUUCGAAUCCGUCGAAAACGCUGCCCGACACUCUCGCUCAAGAGAUCGGCGAUCGAGCUUUCCCUCUAGCUCGUGCCUCCGAGGAACAGGAGGGGGGCAGUAACGGCGGCGUUCCAUGCGCAGCUUUUCACGCGAUGGCGGCGGAGGCGGUUUGGGCAGGCCUAAACGGCUCGAACCUCGUAGAAAAACCACCGCAAAGCGUUUGGGGCCCUAGAGGGGGCGACCGCUGGGGCACCGCCGCUUUUUUCGCCGAGCAGAUAGGGAAGCGGGAAGAGGAGGUAGCCCCGGGGUUACCGCGACGAACGAAAACGCGGAUUCCCCAGGUCGACCACGACAACGGCGACGGCAGUGGCGGUGGCAGUGAUGGAGGUGGUGGCAGCGUUGGCGAUUGUAGCGGUGAGUAUCCACUAUCUGGGAGCUCGUCCAGGCAUGCCGCAGCCCAAGCUUUGUGCAUGGGGGCUGUGAGUUCGAGGCGAGGCUUUCUUCGGCAGGCAGCUGAAGCGGCGGCUCAAGAGCGGUUGAACAAGGUUGUUGAGGUAUCCGCGGCCACGAACCCAAUUUCGUUAGAAGCAAGUGUGCCCACAGAGAGCGACGGCAGUGCUGAUCUCCACGACGAGACUGUUGCCAGCGGAACGAUCGUUGGACGGGGUGGCAGCGGGUGCCUGUUCAAAGCUGGGGACUGCGAUGACGAAGUACAAGAUGAGCCUGUGAUACAGUCCGCCGUCAUGCUCCGGUUUGGUGCAGAAAUUCCUUCGUUAGUGGCGGCAGGAAAAUGCGGAAGGGCCGUUCAGUUUUCGAUCCCAGACGACUGGAAUAACCCGGAGGCUCAAGAAAAGCAAUACGCAGCGCAGAUGGCGCGGCGCAAGGAGACGAUGGAGAUGUUGCGCCAGCGAGAUGAGGCCCCUCUUGCCAGACCGAGAGGAUACGACCCAAGCAGCGUCCAAGCAGACACGGCAAGUUCCAGGAAUGUCGUGAGAGUCGAGGAUGUGUAG